ACUAUUGUAGUCACCAUAUAUUAAUUCAAAAUUAGUGGUAUUUGUGAGCGUGUCGAGUGAGUUUGGCUAUACGCGCAUAGAGGAAGUCCAAGCCACUAAAGUAAUUUAAGUCCAAUUUAGCAAUUUAGUAAGAUCUCGUCCGUUGCACCGGUUGACCGCUUUCGUUUGUUUUUGUUAUUUGGGCACACACGACGAUCAUGUCACCUGGUUUGCCAAGCGUGAGACAAGGUAGCAGCAUCCAAGUACCGAAACCUGCCAAAAUCUCGAACGGACAGAUUGGGUCGCGCCAAUUGCUAGUCGCCUUCGUGAUCACCGGAUUUGUUCUUUGCGGCGUCAUCGAGCAAUCAGCAUCGGUGACCUUAAGGGCGAACAUCACAUCCACUUACUCCGCUGCCGAAUUUGCAGAGUAUGUCGAGAACACCAGCUAUAUCACCAGGUAUUGCCAACCACCGGAUACCAAUCGAAGCCAGGUGCAUGCAGUCAGAUCGAUACCGCAUAUCGAGAUUCCAAUGACCAGGACAGACAAAACAGAGUCGGUAUUAAGAGAAGCCUAUAUGUGGGGUACUUUGAUAUCUCCUUUGGCUGCGAGUAGGAUUGCUGCAAGGGUCGGAGCGGAACGAUUAUUCGGGGCCGGCGUUUUGGGUGCAGGCGUCUCCGCGUUGAUGGUACCUGCUGCUUGGUUAACACCAUGCCAUGUAUUCAUUAGGAUUCUGCAAGGAGUUUUCAUGGGUGCCACUUGGCCUGCUGCUCAUACAUUAGCCGUCACAUGGUUCAAGCCCAAGCAAUUAAGUGCAUUUGUUUCUACAUAUACAGCCGUAAAUUUAGGUUACGCUGUUGUUGGAUUACUGGGAACUGCACUAGUGAGAUCUCUUGGUCGCGAUUGGUUAAGUUAUGCAAUAGCGUUUUUCGCAGUCAUUUGGUACUUCCUUUGGUGGCGAUUCGUAGAAGAACGUUUGAAUCCAAAUAGACCAAUCCGUGACGAACACCGAUGUCUUCCUUGGCGUAAUCUUUUGUUAUCGAAACCCGCCUGGUCUUGCGGAAUUGCUGUUGUCGGAAGUCAAUGGGCAGAUGCUACAUUGAUGCUUGGCGUUACUAAAUACUUGAAAUUGGUGUAUGGAUUCUCUAUUGCAUACGAAGAUGUUUUGGCGUCUCUACCGCAUAUCGGCCACUUUUUCGCUGCAAUUACUUUCGGAAUCGUGGUGGAUCACGUGCGAGGAUCUGGACUUGUCUCUACAACUACCGCCCGGAAGUUCUUCGUUUACAUUUCUCACUUCCUGCCUGCCGCCCUUAUGUUUGUUUUGGGAUACACCGGUUGCGAUCCAGCAGCACCUGCCGCUUUAUACACGGCCGCCCUGGCGUUGACUGGAGCCACUCCUGCAGGAGCUUUUGCGAGUGCAGCAGAUAUAGCUCCAAAUUUUGCAGGAACUGUCUUUGGUUUGUGCCAAACGAUCGGAGCUGCUGGAUUGUUAGCAGCCAACUACGCAGUUUCCGAAGGGCUUCAUGGAUCUUUUGCAGGUUGGUGGCGAUUAGUAUUUGGGGUAUCCUCGGCUGUGCUACUCACAACAGCCACCUUCUUCAUGGCUUGGGGAAGUGGUUCAGUUCAAGAUUGGGACACCUCUUGCGAAUUCGAGCCCGAGAAAGAGCUUGUCGAAGAGGCAUCGCGCCUCGACUCCGUUCUGGAGUAAUUCUCACGCCGAUUAGAAUAAAAAAAAAUGUUACACUAUAUGCAACAAUUUAGUUCCCAUGGCAUGAAUAUAGACGAGAAGAUUUAAGCAAAAAA